CUGACUCGUAUAACCAAAUGAUCUCGGGUGCAGCGGCUCAGACUGAAAUCUGCGUGCACGGUGAGCACCGUUCACCUGGGACCGCACUGAACUCGGUCCGGUUUCAACAUCACAGGUUGCUACAUUGACCCCACUCCCACUUCCUCCCGCUGUCAGACCCGUCCUGAGCCGGUGAGAGUUAGUGUGACCCGGACUGCGGCAGUCCCGCUCUACCCCGGCUCACCCGGCCCUGUCCAUCUGUAACGAGCGGCGGACACAUCACAGCCGAGUGGCCUCGGGAGCAUCAGCUCAGACUCAACUCUCCGUACAGAGUCAGAACAUCGGUGCAGGACCAUUGUUGGUUAUCGGGAUGUCAGACAGUGAUUUCCCGGGACCACACUGAACGCCGGCCGGUUAAACAUCAGAGUCAACCAGAAUUACUCUCCUGUGUGAAUUCUACUGAGUGCGAGCAGAAAGCAUCUUUCACCCCGGUAGUGACAUGUGAAACAUCCCACGGGGCAGUGACCCGUCACCGAUCUCUCUGAAACAAGAGGAAUCAGCAGAUGCUGGAAAUCCGAGCAACACACACAAAAUGCUGGAGGAACUCUACAGGCCGGGCAGUGUCUAUGGAGAAAAGAACAGUCGACCUUUGAGACCCCAGAACCCGUAACACCGCCUCACUGGGACAGGGUGGUAACCGAACCUGGAGCCCCUGUACAAGGUCACCUCUCAUCCUCCGGUGCUCCAAGGAGAAAAAGCUGAGUUCACUCCAUCUCUUUUCACAAGACGUGCUCCCCAAUCCAGACCUGUGCUGAGAGAUUUGUUGGAAGAAAAACCCCAAAUGGAAGCAAAGCACAACUGAAAAUGAGGGAACAGCGACAAGUGAACCAGCCCGAGGACCAACUGUAGAGAACCUUUCUGACUCAGAGUUUCCAUUGAUUCAGUCAGGAGAAAGUUUGGGCAUCAGCAGCAAGUAGAGCUUCCAGCCAAGAUUAAAGUGUAAACAAGACGGCGACAAUCAACAAUCGUCAGUCACAAUCAGAAUGGACAAAGGUGGGAAAUUGAAACGCAUAGGGAAAGUACUGAAGAAGUUUAUACCAGGUGGAUCAUUGAGGGAAGAUGAUCGGGACACGGGGAGCAAGGUGCCAAAGCAGGGUCAGAUUGAGAGCGAUGUCCCAAUGGAAUGCGGUCCGGCUGCAGAGGAGGAGGAGGAGGAAAUGCAGCCCAGAGACAGUGGCAUUAGAGACACCGAUCAGGACCCUGGAACCGGCACAAGUGAGGCAACUGCCUGUCAGCCCAGAGACAGUAACAUCAGAGACACCGAUCAGGACCCUGGAACCGGCACAAGUGAGGCAACUGCCUGUCAGCCCAGAGACAGUAACAUCAGAGACACCGAUCAGGACCCUGGAACCGGCACAAGAGAGGUGACCGCCUGUCAGCUCGGAAACUCAUUGAACAUGGAAUUGUCAAGUCCCCCACAAGGAGCGGAGCCAGUGUUUAAAAUCUCUGACCUCCUGGCAGAGGGGGGGUGAAUAUCGACUGUACCAACUGACAAAGUUCUACAAAGACAGACUCCAGCAAGCAAUUGAAGAAAAGGUUGAGAGACUCGGUUGGAUGUUGACGAAGGAAGGACAUUUCAAUCGAGAAGAAAAUGAGAAAGUCACUGAACUGACAGAGAAGGGAAACCGGACGGAGAGUUCCAGACUUUUCCUCAGUUUGGUGAUGGGCAAAGGCUCCCGGGCCCGGAGGGCGAUGUGGGAAUCCUUUCUGAUGUGGAGGACAGAAUUACCAAAGCUGGACAAAAUACUGAGGGAAAUACAGGAACACGGCCCUGAUCAACAGGAAUACAUGAACAUUGCCCAAGGGUUAUCUGAGUUACCCAUUCAACUGAUAGAUGUUCAACAGAAACACAAGGAGACUCUGCGGGCACAAACUGAAACACUGAGAGUGAACACGAUCCUGAUGAGGGAGAAGGUGAAGGUUUUCCCACUGGUUGAUCGAUACGCUGAGCUCACGGUCAUUUCUACUGUUCGAGAUCGGAGACUGGCGGAACAUGAGCUGCUGGCAAGAGGCAGAGACCACGAGGAGUGCAGAGAGAAACAUCUCCGCGGAGAGCUGGAAAAAAUCCAGACUGGUCAGUUGUUCCACAGCAGCUUUUCCCAGAGAAAAUACAAAUCUGGGAGUUCAGCAGCAGUGGCUGGACUACCGGGGAUCGGGAAAACAACAAUGGUACAAAAGAUUGUUUAUGACUGGGCCACGGGGAAAAUAUAUCAUAAAUUCCAGUUUGUCUUCAGUUUCAAAUUCCGUGCUUUAAACUCCAUUAACUGCAGAAUAAACCUGAAGGAACUGCUUCUGGAUCAGUAUCCUUACUUUGGGAAUAUCCUGAGAGAGGUCUGGAAGAACCCAGAGGGACUGCUGUUUAUAUUCGAUGGUCUGGAUGAGUUCAAUGACACAAUUGAUUUUGCUGACAGUUGGAGAGACACAGAACCUCAGUCCACAUGCACAGAUCCUGAAUUCAAAUGCAAGGUGUCUGACAUUGUGUACAGUUUAAUCCAGCACAAGCUGCUCCCAGGGUGUUCAGUGCUGGUGACAACCCGCCCCACUAUGUUACAUUUAUUGGAAAAGGCUAAGAUCGGUGUUUGGGCUGAACUCCUGGGAUUUGUCGGUGAGGAACGGAAGGAAUAUUUCUUCAGGCAUUUUGAAGAUCAGGCGGUGGCAGCAGCUGUUUUCAAACACGUGAAGGAGAACGAGAUCCUGUACACCAUGAGCUACAACCCCUCCUACUGCUGGAUCCUCGCUCUGGUACUGGGCCCCUUCUUCACACAAAGAGUCAGGGACCCACAGCGAGUUCCCAAGACCAUCACCCAACUGUACUCCUACUAUAUUUACAACAUCCUGAAAAACCAUGGCCGUGAGAUUGAGAACCCCCGUGAUGUGUUGCUCAGGGUUGGUCAGAUGGCCUUCAGAGGAGUGUCCGAGAAGAAGAUUGUGUUUACAGAUGGAGAUUUGAUCAAGUACAAUCUGCAGCCUUCCCAGUUCCUGUCCGGGUUCCUGAUGGAGCUUUUGGAGAGAGAGGAUUCUGCCCAAAGCGUGGUAUACACAUUCCCACACCUCACCAUCCAAGAGUUUGUAGCUGCAGUGACACAAUUCCUGAUCCCAGAUGGCAGAGAUAUUAAGAAACUCCUCACUGAAACCCACAACAUGACAGAUGGGCGAUUUGAGGUAUUUCUCCGUUUUGUUGCUGGUCUCUCCUCCCCAAUGACAGCUCGGGGCCUGGAGGAGUUUCUGGGUCCAUUUCCUCAUCAAACAACCUGCCGGGUGAUUGACUGGGUGAAGGAGGAGGUUAAACGCCAGAGUGGAAACACAGAGAGUGAAGCUGGUAAAAGGAGCCUCCUGAACACAUUGCACUACCUGUUUGAGUCUCAGAAUGAUAGACUGGCUCAGAAUGCACUGGGAUCUGUGGAAACACUUUCACUCAGUGGAAUGACACUGACCCCGAUUGACUGUGCGGUCCUGUCUCAUGUCAUCGGACUCUGUGAUACAAUAAAACACCUCAAACUGGAGAACUGCCACAUUCAGUGUGAAGGAAUCCAGAGGCUGGGACCCGGGCUGCACAAGUGCCAGGAGUUGAGCCUUGGGUGGAACGAACUGGGAGAUUCAGGAGUGAAACUGGUGUCUGCGGCUCUGAGGAACCCGGAGUGUAAAAUACAGAAACUGGAACUCAGGAAGGUUGCUCUCACAGAUUCUGGUGCCGAGGAUCUCGUCUCCGCUCUCAGGACAAACCCAUCACUGUCGGAGCUGAACCUGGCAGUAAACUCGCUGACAGACCGAUCUGUCCCCGCUCUCCGCCGCCUCAUACUGACCCUCCCGAGUCUGGAGCGGAUCCGGCUGGGGGAGAAUCAGUUCAGUGAGACCAGGAAGGAGGAACUGAGAUCUCUGCAGGAACGCAGACCCGGACUGACAGUGUGGAUCUGAACAUCUGAGUGUGGGAACAUCCCUGCCCGCAGGAUGGUGGCAUUUUGGUCAAUUCCCCUGCCCCUUUCGCCUUUAACUCCCACCCGUACCUUUAAACCGGGUGCCAGGGGUAAUUCCCAAUGGUUUUAACGGAACUUGUUCCAGUCUCGCGCUCUGUGACAUCGGAAGCAGUCCUGCAGUGAUGUAUUUCCAGCUGUUGUCCAGCUGAUCAGCUUCCGCCGGGUGUACGUGUCCGAGACACCCACCCCCACGUGAGAUCCCGGGGAAUUACACAGAUAGGAAGAGAACGGGACGAGAUCCUUUUGCUCCCUUUGCUGAGGACGGUGCAUUCUCCAGUGUGGCCGAUAUAAUGAUGUUAAAUGGACAAAUCCCUCGGCAGUGACCCUGGAUCUGCAGCGAUCCUAGACACGUCCCUGAAGUGUGAUUUUAUAAUCAUCGGUUCCCCGAUGCAGAGUGACAGUGAGAAACGGGACUGAUUAUUCAACCGGUCACUCGUUGUCACCGGUCAGUUAAUUGUGUGUGACUGUGAGAGAGUCGGGAGCAGCUUAUUUAUUCCCGCAUGUCAGCAGCUCACACAUUGUUAAAUUUACAUUUGUCAUGAUGAAAUCAAUAAUCCU